AUUUCAGUGAAUAUAUAUUUCUUCAUAUCUAUCCUAGCAUUUAAUUCAUGGUUUGGCGUGUGAAUGGCCAGGAAAAGGUUCUCCUUCCAGCUGCUGAUCAAUUGAAAUUUUUCGGGGGAGAUUGCUAUAUUUUUCAGUAUGCAUAUCCUGGAGAAGAUAAAGAGGAAUAUCUGAUAGGAACAUGGUUUGGAAAGCAGAGUAUUGAGGAAGAAAGAGCUUCUGCCAUUUCACUGGCUAGCAAGAUGGUCGAGUCAACGAAGUUUUUGGCUACCCAAGCUCAUAUCUAUGAAGGAAGUGAACCAAUUCAAUUCUAUUCAAUUGUCCAGAGCUUUAUUGUCUUUAAGGGUGGUCUUAGUGAUGGAUACAAGAACUCCAUUGCAGUAAAGGAAAUCCCUGAUGAGACUUACAAUGAAGAUGGUGUUGCAUUAUUCCGAAUACAGGGUUCUGGACCUGAUAACAUGCAAGCAAUACAACUUGAAGCUGUUGCUUCAUCUUUGAAUUCUUCUUAUUGUUACAUAUUAUAUAGUGGUUCCACUGUCUUUUCAUGGACUGGAAACCUUACUACCACAGAAGACCAAGAACUUGUUGAGAGGCAGCUGGAUUUGAUCAAGCCUAAUUCACAAUCCAGGCCACAGAAGGAGGGUUCAGAGUCUGAACAGUUUUGGGAGUUGUUGGGAGGAAAAGCUGAAUAUCCUAGCCAAAAAUUUGCAAGGGAUGCUGAAAGUGAUCCUCAUCUAUUCUCUUGCACGCUUUCAAAAGGGAAUCUGAAGGUCACAGAGAUCUAUAAUUUUACCCAGGAUGAUUUGAUGACUGAAGACAUAUUCAUCCUCGAUUGUCACUCAGAUAUCUUUAUCUGGGUUGGUCAACAGGUUGAUACCAAGAAGAAACUGCAGGCCCUUACUAUUGGAGAGGUAAGAUCAACUAAGUGAUGCCUGGAAAGACCUGUUUGGAUAUAAACCACACCAGGCAGGAUUUGACCAUUUCAAAACUCUAGUAUAAGACCACAAACAAGCUUGUUUUGAUUAACCAAGACAGCAGAGUCUCAUUGCAUUGAGGGUAGGUGUAUAUAGUGAGGAAGGCUUGUCAAAAUAAUAUUCAGACAAUUAA